AUGAAGCCUAGAGUCUGUAUCGUUGGAGCUGGACCUGCUGGUUUUGCCCUGGCGGCUGACCUCCAAAGUCACGGAACCGACGUAUUGGUCUAUUCACACCCAAAACAUCGACGAGAUGCCACCGCCGUUCUGUCUAAAGGAUACUUUGAAGCCACAGGCGCGAUUUCAGGAUUCACAAUGCCACGCAUCACCUUUGAUAUGCGUGAUGUUGUUGAAUUCUCGAAAAUCUUGAUUCUCACAGUUCCGUCAACAGGACAGGAAACAUUGCUGCGCCUGUUAAAGAAUUUUGAUCUACAUCAACAUACCAUAAUCGCCAUUCCCGGGAAUCUUUUCUCGCUUGUUGCGGAGGCGGAGCUGAAUGCUGGGUGUAUCCUCGAGGCCAACCUAUCACCUUACGCAUGCCGGAUGGAAGAUGGAGUCUUACAAGUAUUUGGGAUGAAACGCUCUUUCUCCAUCGCAGCUCGACAUAAAACUCCCACUGCGGCCUUCAAGGCUAAGAUUCAAAAGAUAUUUCCACAAGAACUUCGAUGGUGCAGCAACGUUGUCGAGGUCUCCUUAACCAACAUCAAUGGCGUUUUUCAUCCAUUGAUGAUGCUAAUGAAUGCGGGACGAAUCGAGAAUACUGGUGGCGACUUUUUACUAUAUUGUGAUGGUCUUACACGCUCCGUUGCAAAUGCCAUACUUGCUGUGGAUCGGGUACGAGUAGAGGUUGGAGAAGCAUUUGGGUUUCAAAUGGAUGGUGUGGUCGAGACAUCAAACGCAUGUUAUGGCGCCAGCUUCAAAGACUUGGUCGACCUCGCCCAGAACUCGAAACCACAUAGAACUCUGAAGGCUCCAGCAGGCAUUCAAAAUCGAAAUAUCACAGAAGAUGUCCCAGAUUUGCUGGUGGCCUGGUAUGGAUUAGCACAAAAACUGGGAAUAGAUGCGUCCCCUCUUGAAGCAGUUAUUAAUCUUGCGAGCAUGACAACCGGUACUAAUUAUAUGGAGAGUGGGAGGAACCUGAAGCGACUUCAUUUACAGAAUCAGUCAAAGGAUGACCUUUUGGAACAAUUUAGCAUUGGUAGUGCGUAA